CCUGGGGGCUCCAGUGAAAUAUGAGAGUGGUAGUGGUGGUAGGGGGAGUCAGGGAGGGGGGGUGUGGUGUACAACGGACAUCACAGUCAUCAAGAUGCGCGGGAUCGACUGGCGCAACUCCACGGGGCCUGUGUGUGAGCGCGUGUCCUCCGAGCCAUGUGACACUCUGGGGGCUCCUGUGCGCUUCGUGAGUGGUGGUUGGGUGAAUCAGGCGUAUGAGCAGGUGUGGUGGGAACUACUUGUGAGGUACCUCAAAAGACACAUGUCGUGGCCCUUCCCCUCCUCUCCCUUCCCCUCCUCUCCCUUCCCCUCCCCUCCCUUCCCCUCCCCUCCCUUCCCCUCCCCUCCCUUCCCCUCCCCUCCCCUCCCCUCCCCUCCCCUCCCCUCCCCUCCCCUCCCCUCCUCCCCUCCCGUUUUCCUUCUCCUCCGCAGAGUGGGUGUAGAGCGGGUGCAGGUGGGACUACAAUCGCAGCGGGAUAAGCCGGCCACAUCAGAGGCCACCAGGAUUUGGCGCUUGCCCUGGAAUGAACUUUGGUCUCCAAGACCACUAUCCUCUUGUCAACCUUCCUCCCACAUAAAGUACUACUAUGAGGCACCUAAAAAAAUAGUGGGCUAA